CAUUUCCCAGAUACCCAGGGAGAACCGGUAGUUAGAGAUAAAAGAGGCGACAACCGGAAACAGAAGGAGUAUCUCCUGGUCACACACACUUCUUCUUCAGACAGGGGUUCUGCAUUUUUAGACUACUGACUUCACCGACCAAACUUUUUAUCAGGUUUAAGGAUGGAAACACAGAUCCAGGUCAUCGACAGAUUACGGGAAAGUUUUCGUAGAGGAAUCUCCAAGCCGGAGCAGUUUCGUCGAGAACAGCUGAACAGCCUCAUCUCCAUGAUUAGAGACAAUGAAGAGCUGUUUCUGAAGGCUGUGCACAAAGACCUAAACAAGCCAAAAUUUGAGGCCAUCAUGUCUGAGAUGGACAUUCUGUUCAAUGAAGCCCACUACGCCCUGAGUAACUUGAAAACCUGGAUGCAGCCAGAGUACGUUGGCAAAAACAUGGCCACAAAACUAGACGACUGUUUUGUACGGAGGGAGCCGUUGGGAGUUGUGUUAAUAAUCGGGGCGUGGAACUACCCUGUGAACCUGACCCUGAUUCCCAUGGUCGGAGCCAUCGCAGCAGGAAACUGUGUCAUCAUCAAACCUUCAGAGGUCAGCGCCGCCACAGAAAGUCUGAUCGCAGAACUUGUCCCCAAAUAUCUGUCGCAGGAGUGUUACGCAGUAAUUCGUGGUGGACCAGAGGAAACCAAAGCUCUUCUAAAGAAUCGGUUCGACCACAUUUUCUACACAGGUUCUCAAACCGUGGCCCGCAGCAUCAUGCAGGCAGCAUCUGUCCACUUGACACCAGUCACCUUGGAGCUGGGGGGCAAGUGUCCGACCUUCAUCUACGGUAAAGUGGACUUCAAAGCGGCCGCUCAACGCCUGGUGUGGGCCAAGUUCUUCAACUCUGGUCAGAGCUGCGUGGCCCCCGACUACCUGCUGUGCUCGCGGGCCACGCAGGACGCUCUGGUUCCAGCAAUCAUUGAAGCCCUGAAGAAGUUCUACGGGGAGGACCCUCAAACCACUCCGGACCUGACCCGGAUGGUGACCUUGAAACACUGGAACAGAGUGAUGGAGCAGCUCAAGAGCUCCAAAGGCAAAAUCGUGGUGGGAGGAGAGAGCAACCAGGAGGAGAAGUACAUCGCUCCCACAGUCGUUGUGGACAUCACAGCAGACGACUCGUUGAUGGAUCAGGAGAUCUUUGGCCCCGUCCUGCCCAUCCUGACUUUCGAGUCUCUCCAGGAAGGCAUCGACUUUGUCAACACUAAAGAGAAGCCAUUGGCUCUCUAUGUUUACUCUGACGAAUCAUCUGUGGUGAGAAAGGUGCUGGAGGAGACGAGCAGCGGAGGAUUUUGCUCCAAUGAUGGGAUCAUCCACAUGGCAAUACCAACUCUGCCCUUUGGAGGAGUAGGUGUCAGUGGUUCAGGCAGUUAUCACGGUCGCUGGAGCUUUGAGACGUUCAGCCAUCGGAGGGCGUGCAUGAUGCGCGGCUGGGCCCUGGAGAGGCUCAACAGUUUGCGUUACCCCCCGUACGACGAAAACAAACUGAGCUGGCUGCGCUGGACGACGUCACCCAAGAGCAGCUGCAACAUUUUGUGAAGUGUGUGUGAGGACACAAAAAAUUCUAUCUUCUAUUUUAUUUAUUCUAUCAUCUAUUUUAACCUGUUACAGUCCGUGGUUGGGUCGAUGGUUUGUAUUAACUCACCUGUUAACUAAUGUCACUUUUCUCUCGUACCCUGAUCUUUCACCAGCCAAUCUCUGUGACACUGUGACCUUGUGGCAUCACUGAAGGUCAUUUCAAAUCCGUUGUGUUUCAGACUUGGUUCUACUGUGUUUCUACUAAGUGUUAACCUUUUUGUAAAGUGGUUUUUAUUGUUACACCGUACUUGCUCAACUUGCACACAAAUCUUGGUGUAGUGCUUUAACUGUAAUGUCUUUUGUAUUUCUGGUCCACUGUCUUGAUUUGAACAGACCAGUUUUUAUAUCAUUUACUAAAAUCUAAAUAAAUAACAUUUUUAUUCUAA